AUGGAUGUGAUCUUAGAGCUCCAGGGUGGCAAAUCAUUCACUAUUUCCGUUGAACCCUUCGACACAGUUCUCCGUCUCAAAGAGAAGGUGCAAAAGUUUCAACGGAUUCCAAUUUCCGAUCAAACUUUCGUCUUCAAUGGCCAGGUUCUCCAAGACCAUCUCGACAUCUGGACAACCCAAGUCUAUGAGGGCUCGCACAUUCACCUCCUACUCCCCGCCUCUCCCGUGCUGCCCGAGUUCCCGCCGUCGAUGGAUGCCAUGGACAUGUUCAUUCAAGAAUUUCUGACAGAGCCGCCGGAGAUAAUGGAGUCGCUGCUGGCUAACUUAGACUUUCCGGCACAACCACAAAUAUUUCCCAAGUCGCAGCCGACGCAGCAGAUGCUAGCGUGUAUACAGUCUCCGCCGCAAACGGUAAUGGCGACGCAGCAGAUGCAUGAGUUUCCACAGUCACUGCCGCAGACGAUAAUGUCGACGGGGAAGAUGCCAGCGUUUCCACAGUCACCAGAGUCGCUACCGCAAAUGAUAAUCCCGACGCAGUUUCCACCUUCACCACCGCAAAUGGCUAUCGUGACCGGGUCACAGCCCCAACUGCCUAGAAAAAGAAAACCAGGGAUUCAAAAGCCAAUGCCGCCACCGCCCCCGCCCUCGCAUCCAUCAUGGGCAUGGAAAGUGAGCGUGCAAUUGCCUCACUUCAAAGAUCGUAUCGCUGUAGAAUUGAAUUGGAAAGACAGCUUUCUUAAGCUGAAGGAGAAGAUUCUUCAACUUGAAGGCAUGAAAGGUGUGGCAAUGGACAGGGUUGUGUUGCAGUCACAUAAAACGAAAAAAGAAUUUAUUGACCAGCAGUUGCUGAAGGAUUGCACGGAAUUAGAGCCUCCUGAAGUCGAGAUUAACGUGAUAGUAAAACCUCUGCCUUCACCGAAACAGCUUCCGGUGGAUGGUGUUGGCACUAGUAAUCAUUGUAGUGGUUCCAUAAUAAAGCAUGCGGAGAUAACGGUGAUGCUGUUGCCGAUGCGUACGUCAGAGAGGAUAUUGAUACAGGUGAGUGCUGGGGAUAAAGUGGCAGUGCUGAGGACGAAGCUGGAGGAGCUGCAGAAGACGUUUGGGUUUCGUCUUCCCAAAGAUGGUCGCUAUUUUUUCAUUCACGGGCAGCGUGCCAUGGACGAAAAAAAGUCGUUUAAGUGGCACCAAGUUGGCAAUGGUGACAUCAUUAAAACCUUCGAUGGAUCCAUAUCUUAA